CCGCCCCUGGGAGGGUGCAGGCGGAUGCUGGCCCAGCCCCGAGAUGGUCCCAGGAGCCCUGGCAGCACAAAGAAGACAGAGUUCAGCACCAUGUCGUGGAUUCCUGUCCUGCUGGCACUCUUCACCCACUGGGCAGGCUGUGUCUCUCAGCCCAUGCUGAACCAGCCGCCAUUUGUGUCCUCGCCCCUUGGAACAACAAUCCGUCUGGCCUGCACCUUGAGCAGAGACUACGAUGUCAGGAUUUAUAACAUCUACUGGUACCAGCAGAGGCCCGGCCACCCUCCAAGAUUCUUGCUGAGAUAUUUCUCCCACUCAGACCACAGCCAGGGCUUCAAGAUUCCCCCUCGCUUCUCUGGAUCCAAAGAUGUGGCCAAGAACACGGGCUAUUUGAGCAUCUCCGGGCUGCAGCCUGAGGAUGAGGCUAUGUAUUACUGUCUCUGGGAUUCCAGGUCUUGGAUAAAGAAAGGGAGAUGAGGGGAGAGAGAAGGGAAGAAAAGGAGCCUGCUGUUUUGGGGUCCCCAGCACCCCCAGACACACUUACGUUGAACUAGAGACCAAGGGGCACACUUCCUCAGAAAGAGGCGAGUAUGGGCAAGGAGGGUAGGCUAUGGGCUUCACAGAGCAAAGGAGAAAGCUGCUCAGCUUCUUCCUGUCCAGAAACUUGCUUAGACCCCCCGAAUGUGGGAUUUGGGGAUUAAAGUUGCUUGUGUCUUGA